AACUUCUUGCUUGCUUUCUUUGUGGAACAAGUUGGGGUUUUUUCUACAUUUGCAUUCUACGUAUUCCAUUACCUCAAAAUUUCAUCUUUCUCAGCAUUCGCCGAUAACCCACUUGUUUUCUCACAAUGGGUUUAUGGGAUUCUCUUCUCAAUUGGCUUCGCAGCUUAUUCUUUAAGCAGGAAAUGGAACUUUCACUUGUUGGUCUUCAGAAUGCAGGAAAGACUUCUCUUGUUAAUGCAAUUGCUACAGGGGGCUAUAGGGAAGACAUGAUUCCAACAGUUGGAUUUAAUAUGCGAAAGGUUGUAAAAGGGAAUGUGACAAUAAAGCUGUGGGACCUUGGAGGGCAACGGAGAUUUCGUACCAUGUGGGAGCGCUACUGUCGUGGUGUCUCUGCAAUUGUAUACGUAGUUGAUGCUGCUGAUAGAGACAGCGUUCCUAUAUCUCGAAGUGAGUUACAGGAUCUUUUGACAAAGCCUUCGUUAAGUGGAAUCCCACUGCUUGUUCUUGGAAACAAAAUCGACAAGUCUGAAGCUCUUUCCAAGCAAGCUUUGGUGGAUCAGCUAGCUCUUAAGUCAAUCACUGACAGAGAGGUGUGUUGCUACGUGAUCUCGUGCAAGGAUUCCAUAAACAUAAAUUCCGUCAUUGAUUGGCUUAUCAAGCACUCGAGAACGGCCAAAUGAGUAAAAGUUCUAUUAAUGCUUCAGCUUAGCGUUUUGUGGGAAGAUGGAAAAAUUGAGCCCGGAUUUUUAGUCGUGCUCCAAACUUGCAUUAUGUAAAGGUCUAGGUUCUUGCCACUGCAGAAAUUAAAUCCAACUAACUCCACAAAUCAAUUGUCAUGUAAAUUAAGUGUCAAAUUCUCAUCAAAAUGAUGUGUGUAUAUAUGUUUUGAUGAACAUAAUCUGUGUCCAUUAGAUUUACUUAUUCAUGUUAUCAUAUUAUCUGGUUUGAUGUCUAUAAUAAUGAAAAACUGGAAUA